CCGCGCCCUGCCACCCUGCCUUGGGGCAGACAAGGAGGAGCCGAAACCUGUAGAGAGGGCUCGCCUGGUCCGCGGCGCGCCUGGGAGCUGAGGCGCUGGCCCUGCGCCCGCUGUCCUGGAGAGGAGCAGGCCGAGCCCGGUCUCCCUGAAGAUGAACUCCACCGCCGCCCUGCAGGACGCGCCCAACGCCAGCUCCGCACAGGCGCCGCGCCCGCAGGGGGACAACGGCACGGCUGUCCACGGGCAGCUCCAGGACCUCAUCCACGUGGCCACCUUGGGGACCUGUGCCUUCCUGCUCGCCCUCGUCUUCUGCCUGGGCUCCUACGGCAACUUCAUUGUCUUCCUGUCGUUCUUCGACCCAGCCUUCAGGAAAUUCAGAACCAACUUUGACUUCCUGAUUCUGAACCUGUCCUUCUGCGACCUCUUCAUUUGUGGGGUGACGGCCCCCAUGUUCACCUUCGUGCUGCUGGCCAGCCGGGCCGGCGGCAUCCCCGACGCUUUCUGCUUCACCUUCCACCUCACCAGCUCAGGCUUCACCAUCAUGUCGCUCAAGACGGUGGCCGUGAUCGCCCUGCACCGGCUGCGGAUGGUGCUCGGGCGGCAGCCCGACCGCACGGCCUCCUUGCCCUGCACCGUGCUCCUCACCCUGCUGCUCUGGGCCACCAGCUUCACGCUGGCCACCUUGGGCACCCUGAAAACAGGCAAGUCCCACCUCUGCCUGCCCAUGUCCAGUCUGGUGGCCCGGGAAGGCAGAGCCAUCCUGUCUCUCUACAUGGUGGACUUCAGCUUCUGCGUCACGGUGGUGUCGGUGUCUUACAUCAUGAUUGCUCAGACCCUGCGGAAGAACGCGCAGGCUAGGAAGUGUCCCCCCGUCCUCACCGCGGACGCGGGCCGGCCACAGCCUUUCGCGGGGGCCCCUGUGAAGGCGGGGGGAGCCCCGCUCCAGCGUACCGUGCCGGCUCUGUACAGGAACCAGACCUACAACAAACUGCCGCGCGUUCCGACCCACGGCCGCGCCAAGAGCCCCGGCCAGCCGCCAGCCCCCGCGGCCAGCCGGCUGCAGCUGGCCUCGGCCAUCAACCUGUCCACGGCCAAGGAUUCCAAAGCCGUGCUCACCUGUGUGGUCAUUGUGCUGUCGGUGCUGGUGUGCUGCCUUCCGCUGGGGAUUGCCUUGCUGCAGGUGGUUCUGUCCAGCAGGGGCAGUUUCAUCUUCUACCAGUUCGAACUGCUUGGAUUUACCCUUAUAUUUCUGAAGUCGGGCUUAAACCCUUUCAUAUAUUCUCGGAACAGCGCAGGGCUGAGGAGGCGAGUGCUGUGGUGCCUGCAGCACACCGGCGUGGCUCUUUGCUGCCGCAAGCAGAAGACGCGACUGCGAGCCGUGGGCAAAGGGAACCUCGAAGUCAACAGAAACAAAUCUUCCCACCACGAAACAAACUCUGCCUACAUGUUAUCUCCGAAGGCGCAGAGGAGACUUGCGGACCAGGCCUGUGGCCCGAGUCACUCCAAGGACAGUGUGGUGAGCCCCAAGGUCUCAGCGGGACACCAGCCCUGCGGUCAGAGCUGCUCCACGCCCAUCAACACGCGGAUGGAGCCGUACUACAGCGUCUACCACAGCAGCCCCUCGCGGGAGGGGAGCAGCCCCGCGGGCCUGCCGCCGGUCAGCUCCUACAUCGCCGUGCACUACCACGCCACCACCGACCUAACGCAGGGGCGCGGCAGCACGGCCGCCAAGCCCAUUCCCGCGCCCUCUGUCUAAAGCACGGGAGCCGGGGAGCCAUGCACAAGUGGUUUUUCUUCCUAAUGCUGAUUGAAUAUUAAAUAUUUUUUGAGACCAGUGGCAGAUCAAAGCUUGAAGAUUUGGGAGAUUAAGAUUUUCUUUUGUCUAAAGUAUUGGUGUCUUGAUUUGCUUUAUAGUUUCCUGACAUUUGAAGAUUUGGUGUAAAAGUUUAUUUAAAUUUUCACCCGACCUAUACCCAGUCUUUUGUACUGAACCUUUAAAUAGCUGCUAGGAAUGAAGACCCUGUGUCAAGGUAGAAAAUCCAUCGAUUGCAGUCCACCGAGUCAGCCUUAUGGGUCUGCAAAGUGCAUCUCCGCUGGAUUUUCGGUUUGGGGAGGUGUGUGUGCGUGUGUGUGUGUGUGUGUGUGUGUGUGUGGUUCAUUUUGUCUUGUUUGGUGCUUGAGAUUGAACCUUGAGCCUCAUGCAUGCUGAGCAUGCCACCACUGAGCUACACCC